ACUGCUUCAAAACCAGCGGCCUCCACUAAGGUAGGUAAUACUUUUGAUGUGUGUAUUUGGAAGUGAAAUGAAGUUGUUCGAAAGUGAAGUGAAUACCUCGUACCCCGCCCUGCUGUCGUCCGAUUCCUUCUCGCUUCUCCCAAACAUCAACACACGCCAUUUACCUGCAACCUUACUUUCAUCAUAAUAUAAUUCAAACAGUCAUAUUUCAUAUAUAUCAUUUGAAUAGAUGCCUCAUAUACGAGUAUCAUUAACAUGAAUUGGACAGGAGGACGCCUGCAAAGGCAUUCUGGAAAAUCUUCCCGUGGUGCUGGUGCCUUGACCAGUAGACAAAAGGAACACUUCGCGAAAGUGAGAUCGAACUUACGAAGCGGUGGUCAAAGGAAUACUCCUAAACAAUGGUUGAUCUUUGACAGAAUUCCGGUUGGUCAGUCACAAGGAAAAUCGUCUAAGGAUCAUGCCAAAUCAAUGAAAGAUCAUGACCAUACUUCGAGACAGGAAAGGGACGGAAGUGAAAUUAGGCCUGGACCUUGGGAUGAUCGCAAAGAAUACAAUGAAUUUCCUACAUCUCAUUCGCCACAGAGAGGGCCUCAGGGGAUACGUGCGAAUGCUCGUUCUCAGUCAGUUGAGAUCGUUCAAAGAAGUUCCGAACCUGAUGAUGAUUUAUACAAUGCGACCCCUCCGCCAGUAAGAAUCAAGCGCGAACAUAUUGUAUCAUCGGCAGCUAGAGACAUUUCGCAAGACUAUGAUUUGCAAGAACCAAGUGAAGACUCUAUAGAAGAGAGGAUAAGAAAAUUAUUGAGUCAGAAAGACUGGGUUGGCUUAAGCCUCCGCCGUCCACCACAACUGAAGGUCAACGGCUCAAAAAAUGACCCAGAUGUUGGAAAAAGAAGAAAAAUGAUAGAUGGCCAUAGAGCAAGAUAUUCCAAACUGCAAACGAGAAUCAGCUCGCCAUUCGCGUCAAGGAAGAUUCGAAUGCGUCAAGAAGAAGAGGGUCAUACACGGAAAAGGAUGUCAAAAAAUGAUGUUAGGAUUUCCAUUGGUGAUAGGAUCAUCUCACCGGGCAUAAGUUCCAGCUCGCGACCGAACAGAAUCCAUCACCACUCUACAUCGCGUAUGACGCAUCAAAUAUCGUCACCAGAUGAUAUGUUGCUAGACGCUGAUUAUAUCAUGGAGGACCGGGGGGUUUUGUAUGGUGAUAAAAAUCUUUCCACUUUAGAAAUAAGGACAUAUGGCAGUGCUGGAUAUCGAGGUUCUGCAAUGAGUAACCGAUCAAACGCAAUCCAAGAUGAGCUUGGAAGUGAAGAUUUCCAGUUUUCUCGCACAUCCGUUAGAUCAAGUUGCAAUACUAGUAUGAAACAACCACUACCGACUCGUCCUACAAAGCAUCCGGUUCUCUAUAUAAGCUCACCUAAGUGCAACAGCAGUAUGCUUGCACAGUUUGGAGAAUUAAAAGGUGAUAUUUCGGAAAAUCGAGUUAUGGAGGAUGACUUGUGGAAGACAUGGAUGGCGCCUUCUGCACAAGGUACAGAAUAUUGUAGCUAUGAUAUUCAAAGAGAAGCAAACUUAGAGGACCGAAUGGUACCAAUAAGCCCAGGAAUAAGCGCAAUUACAACCUCCAAUGAGGACACUUUUAGUGCGUCGAGAUUCGAAAAUGAGGGAUCACGCGGACAAUAUCAGCAUGCCGAGUCAUGGGAAGGCUGCGGGAGCUCGUCCGUACGGAAGGGGUUUGCCGAACGAUCCAGCAAAGAUAUAUACCACUCGGAAAACGUCAACCGCAUACGGCACAAUGAUGUAUCACACAGUUCGGACUCUUAUGAGCAGUCCCUCUCAUCUGAUUGUUGCGAGCCUGGAGGUGGUACAGGAGUGAUCUCUUCUGACCAAUACAUGAACGAAGACCAUGUCUCGAUUGAACCACAAUAUGCUCAAUCUUCACAGAGAACAUCUUCAAGCAUUGCUUGGGACUCUCCUAAGAACUCAACUCCUGAUAUCAUCGAGCCUUGUCAGUGCAAGGGUACUGAUCGUUCGGCGCUCAGUAUUUCCUAUCUUCAGCCGGGUACCACUGUUGCCAGACAAAAUCUUGAGUCAGAUAAGACUCUUCCACAGCACGAAGUUGUGCCGCCGAAAUCAAACCACAAGCUUGAUGAGAGAGAUAAUUGCCCUGCCAAAGCUGUUGGAGAGACAGACCAAAAUAAACUUUGGAUGAAAUUUAUUUUUGACAAAGAUGGUGGAGACGAGGAGGUGUUAUUCAACGGGACAAAAUCCGCUAGGACUAGACCGGCAAGCAAUCCGUGCAAGUCUUCUAGAAGUGUAAAUCCCGAUAUGACUGCCGGUCGUUCACCUGCGGUACAUGAAAAUCGGGGGGAGAAACCAUCACCAACGAUGUCAACAUUUGUGCACAAUUCUAUUGAUUCCGGAAUCCAAUUACAACUGAAAUAUACUACUCCAAUCCGCAAUCAUGGCCGUUGGCACAAUCCACAGCAAGAUGACAAUGCAACCAACUUUAAAUCCUCAAUUCAUGGUGACUAUCUAUCUUCAGAGCCAGAAUCAGUUUCUAUGAUCGCCGUUCCAGGUUCUCAAAUCGAUGUAUCAGAGCCAAACCAGACGAGGUCUUUCCUAGGAACACAAUGCAAAGUCGUCUUCACAAAGCCUCAACCUUUCGUUCGAUCGAGAGCAAACGCACGGAGAGGGUCCGAGAAGCAGACAAGUAGUGGUUCUGGCAUGACGCUUGCAGAGGAUAUAGAGGAUGAUUAAAGAGAAUUGCAAUGUUCAGUACGUAUUUAAGAGCUUCGGGCCGAGAGCUGGAGUUGGCUAGAUGUUUAAAUGGUUAGCACUUAAAAUAGAGCUUAUCGAACGCACGGGACAAAAUGCGGACACAGAAGCUGCAAUCACAUCCCUGGGCUUCAUCGAUGAACUUUAAUUCUUUACAGUUUUAGUGAUACCC